GUGUGGCUGGGCAGUGGUGUGACAUGGCGCGCGUGGUGUGGUUGGCAGUUCUGCUUUGCCUCCUCGUGGUGGGAGUGCUGGGGGUCGCCUCGAAGGAGAGCGAGUCCCUAUCAAGCGAGGAGGACCUUUCUCUGUCCCUGGAGUCCUUGGAGAGAGCAGGAAGACAAGGCCGUUUACGCAGUGCAUUUAGUCAACAUUUCCGCUUCAAGAGAAGUCCACGCUUCUUUGGUUCCGAUUCUGUGGAAAGCCUUGAGGACCAGUACGGGUCCGAAUCCUUGGAGAGUGACGAAACACUCAGACACACAAGCUUCCGCCGACGCCCUCGCUCGCCGCGCUUUGAUUUCUCGGACUCCAGAAGCUACGAGGAUUCCACGUCUAGAUCCUCGGAGGAAAAUGACAGGCUCUGGUACGCCGCCCACUCCUUCUCUCGUCGUACUCUGCGCUCCUCUCCCUUCCCCGCAGGCGUCGCUAACACUCGCAGCAGCAGCAGCAUUGGAGAAGCGCUAGAAACUAUGGCACGAAAGCAGAAACGAGCCACGACACAAUUCCGCAUACCCAGGCGCAGCUUUGUCUCCAGGCGAGUGUCCUCCAGGAACUUUGCCACCCCCUCGCCUCCCCUGGACACUGCGGACUCUUUAGAAAGCCAGGAACACAAACCAGAGUCCUUGGAGCGAGGAGGAAGAGGGCGCGGAAGAGAGGGGCGAGGGCAGCAACAGCGCGGCACACUUGGCAACACUCACCACCGCGCUGCUUCCCGUCAAACCUUAACCAGCUCCCGUCCUGCCGCUUCUGCUGAGUCCUUGGAGAGUGUGGAAGUGGAGUCCGUGUUGAACAAACCUGUCACUGUGUUCGGCAGGACGUCCCCGCAAGGCCGCCAGGCAGGGAGGGGCCGCAGGGGCCACCAAGCGGGUCACUCUAAUGGUGUAGCGUUGCCAACUCACUCUAACACCUUUAACCCGCCGCGACCUACUUCCGCUCCUCUCUCCCUCCACGCCUCCCGCACCUCACGCCCCCGGUCUCCCACGCGCUCUUCCGCCCGCCGCGCGCCGUCCAGAGCCGCGCCCACCCACACACAGAACGCCGUUCAACAAGCAUCCUUCGGCGUGCCGCUCUCUGUCCCCUCGCAACCUGCACCCGCCACGCACCAGCAGGAACCCACCGGCAUUCCUUUGCCCGCCUCUCCUGUCACGCACUCCAGACCGUCCACCGCAUCCAGGCGUCUCACCGGCCGCCCCUUACCACAAGCCAUCCCAGCCCCCGCGCCCCAGCAGGCUCCAGGCAUUCCCCUCAGCAGCCCCGCCCGCAGUCAGACCAACACACAGUCCACCAGUCCCCAGCAGUCCACAGGCGUCUCCCUCCCCACCAGUCGCCAGUCACCCCAGAGGGGAAGACAGUCAUCCAGAAGACAGCCGUCCCGCGGCCGUCCACUCCCCGCUAACUCACUGGCCACAGGAAGCCGCAGGAAGUCCACCGCCUCUCAGCGGAACUUCGGGCGCCCACUACCCACACAGAACCAAAGACAGUCCCACACCUCACGACAGUCUCAUGGACGUUCCCUUCACGCCAGCCCACAGCCCACACAGAACCUAGAAAAGUCAAAUGCCCCACAACAACCCUCUGGUCUUCCCCUUCCUGUGAACCUGCAGAUCACGGAGACCCUAAAGGAAUCUAGCACCCUUCAGCAGCCCUCAGGUCAGCCCCUAACCGUCAACACGCAGCCAACAGAGAGCUUAGGAGAGUCUAACAUCCCACAGCAACCCAUUGGCCUUCCCCUUCCAGUGAGCCCACAGACCACGGAGAGCUUGAGCCAGACUAAUACUCCCCAGCAGCCCUCUGGCCUUCCUCUCCCCGUCAACUCACUACCUACGGGAAGCCGAAGACAGCCUAGCACUCGCCAACAGUCCACUGGCCGCGCCCUCCCCGUCAGGCCGCUCCCCACGCAGAGCUUCGGGCAGCCUCUCACUUUCCAAGCCUCAACCACUCAGCAGAACCAUGCAGAAUUCCUAAACCAAGGCGGCGCUGAAGCCCUAGCGGAUCUCUUCGGAGGCGUUCCUGUCACCCAAAGAAGAGUCGCCAGUUCUCGUGGUUCCCGCUCUCGCUCUCGCUCCAGAAGCAGACAGCGAGGUACCGUCUCCUUCCAGCCGUCUCAGAACCUUCAGUCUUUGGAGCCUCAGCGUGGUAGUGGCAGACUGAAUGGACCGUCAGCUCCUCAAAGCAUCGCCACCUCUUCUCGUUCCAGAGGUGGCCAACGCCAAAGGGACUCCAAGAGGGUUCGAGUGGUUAGGGUGCAGUCCAAGUCCAACCAGAAGAAGUCCGUGCCGCAUUCUGAGUUCCAGCGCCGGGUACUGAAGGAUGAGGAGGUGCCACAGCAGCAGCUCCAGCAUCGGGAAGAGAAGUACGGGUUUGUGGCGAAGGAGAGUGAGGAGGUUAAUGAAGUGGAGGAAGUGGAGGAAGAUGAAAACGAUGUAGAUAAUGAGGAAAAUGAUGAAGAUGAUGAAGCUGAUCUAGAAGGUGACGAUAAGGAUGAAGAAGACGAUGAAGAAGCGGACCAUGAACAAGACAAAGAGAAUGACCAAGAAAAUGAUGACGAAGAUAAUGAACAAGAAAAUGAUGACGAAGAUAAUGAACAAGAAAAUGAUGACAAAGAAGAAGAGAACGAACUGGAACAAGACAAGGAAGAUGAGAAUGACCAGGAAAAAGAAGACGAGGAGGAAGAAGAGGAUGAAGACGAUGAGGAGGAUGAACCACGUCAGCAGUACAGGAGUCCUCAGAGACAACGCCAGAGAGGACAGGGCAGAGGGAGGACCUUCCAGAGGCAGAGUGUGCAGGGACAGCGGCAGCAAACCUACAGACCCAUCCCGCAGAGACAGCAGCCACAGCGACAGCCUCAGAGGACGUCCCAGAGACAGGCUGUGCGGGGCAGGCAACAGCAGAAACAACAACAAACACAACCACAACCUGAAAAACAACAACAACAGCAGCGACAAAGUGCAAGGGCGUCCCAAAGACAACAGCAGCAGCCUCAGCAGCGUCUGGCCGGCACGCGGACCACAGGGCGUGGCUUCGGCGCCGCUCUGCCGCCAGCGUCGACGACGCCGCAACAAGUCCGUUCCCGCCCGGUGGUCGCCACCGCGGGACGCCUCAGAGGAACUCGCUUGGAAUCGAUUAGCAAGGAGGACAUGACUGUGGAAACAGUUAGCACCGAAGACAUGACCGGUGAGAAGGAUUUGACCUCGGAAACGGUCAGUAAUGAAGACAUGACGGCACAAACAGUCAGCAAGGAAGACAUGACUGAUGAAAUGAUGAGUAAGGAAGACAUGACGGAUGAAAAUUCGAGUGUUGAGGACGUGACGUGGAAAAAGUUCCCUGCGCGUCGGAGAGGCCAACGCAUGAAGGUCCACCGCCGAGUGCUGAACCCCGCACAGGCGUCACGGAGGCAGCAGCCGCAGCGGCAAACUGCAGCAGCCAAACAUAGACAAGCCCCGCAGGAACAACAACAACAACAACAACAACAACAACAACAGCGUCAAACUAGCGCCAGAACAGCAGGACGACAACGCACCGGCAUAGCUCUACCACCACCAACGACAACUCCGCAACGCGUGCAGUCCCGCCCCACCACCACCUCACGACGUGGUGGUGGAGCCCGCUCGUACGGGGCGCGGGUAGCUGCCAGAGGACGACAGCCAGUGCAGGUGACACAGCAGAGGACUGACGUCAGCGGUGGCGCGGCGACGAGGUCACGAGGACGUGUACUGACGAGGGGCGGUGCGUUCGGGAGAGUGAGGCAAGACUCAGUGGAGGACAUGACUUCAGAAACGCUCAGCAAGGAAGACAUGACUCUGGAAACCCUGAGCGCGGAGGACAUGACCUCAGAAACCCUUACUGAGGAGGACAUCACUGCAGAGACUCUCACCGUGGAGGACAUGUCUUCAGAAACUCUUACCGCGGAGGACAUCACUUCAGAAACUCUCAGUGUGGAGGACAUGACGUCAGAAAUGCUUAACGAAGAUCUGGCUACUGAGGCUCCUAGUCAGCAAAUUGUUGUCCCCGCCUCAAGCAACGACAACUUGGCGCCACAGAGUAUAAGUGAAGAGGACCUGACCUCAGAAACUGUUAGUGCGGAGGAGCUCACAUCAGAAAAGUUCAGCUCGGAAGACAUCACCACGGAAACGUUAAGUAAGGAGGACUCGAUCUCAAAGUCAGUGAGCGCAGAGACUAAAGAGAAGUUCUCCGCACGCCGGAGGAACCACCGCAUGCAGACACAGCGGCAGGUGGCGCAGCCUGGACACUCCUCGCAACAACCACAGCAGUACAGAGGGAGAUUGAGGACGUCUCAAACACAGCAGCCACAGAGCCAGUCACCGCAGCGACAGAGUGCAAGGGCGUCACUGAGACAAGCACCGCAACACCAGAGUCAAACCAGCGCCAGAACAGCAGGACGACAGCGCACCGGCGUGACUCUGCCACCAGCAACAGCGGCACCGCAGCGUGUGCAGUCCCGCCCCGCCACCACCGCGCGGCGUGGCGGCGGUGCUAGCUCGUACGGGGCGCGGGGAACAGCCAGAGGACGACAGCCAGUGCAGGCGACACAGCAGAGGACUGACGUCAGGGGGGGCGCGGCGGCGAGGUCACGAGGACGUGUAUUGGCGACGGGCCACAGGUUCGGCGGCAGGGUGCAAUCAGACUCCGAGGAGGACCUCACUGACGAGGCUGUGAGUGCUGAAGACGCUACCUGGGAAACCUUGAGCACCGAGGACGUGACGAGGGAGGACAGCAUGGAGCACCCCGGGGAAGUCAGCGUGGAGAGCGCGUCCCAGAUCCUGAGUGACGAGUACGUGACGAUAGAAAGCAAAGACACGACGAGAGAGGAGAGCAUAGAUAAGUCAAGCGGGGACGUCUGGAGUGAGGAGGACGUGACGGUGGAGGAGAGCAUAGAGAAGCCUAGCACGGAGCUGAGCUUUGAGAGAUUAGUCAAGGCUUCGGACGCAGCAGUGUUCAGAUAGAGUUGAGUGACUGAGGUAAGACACCCAACAGCCAGGGUCAUGUUGUAGAGACAGAGAUACUGGCAGUCACCGUGAUAGUGCUGUAUUUCAGAGACACUUCAUGGGAGGAGGAACAAUGAACGCCAUACUUCUAACAAGGAGACGUCAGUUGAUUUUAGGCUUUUUCUGGUUACUUAAAAUUUUCAAGCCAUCAAUCAGUAUUCAAGUGUUUGUCAGGGAAUUACUUGAAAUAUUUAUUAGUUUUCCUAUAACACAAAACCUCGUUCUGUUUAAGUGGAUGCAUUGUAAUAUAAGUGAAGAUAAACUUGG